AGUAAUGACAGUCUUGUUAUUUGCUUGACUCGACGACUCUAACAACCACACGUCUGUUUUCUCGUCUGGAGGUGAUUUUUUUUCUAGAGUUUUAUCAUGGCGACUGAUAUUUCAUCGAGUUUUAAAUCCUCUGAAAUUGUGCCCGAUGUUGUGAAUACGCCUCCGAAAGAGUUACUUUCCGUAACGUACAAUGAUCGACCGGUAGAAUUCAGUAUGGAAUUAACACCAACGCAAGUGAAAGAUGCUCCGGCAGUCACGUGGUCUCCCGAAGCUUCUACCUUCUAUACACUCUGCAUGACCGAUCCAGACGCGACGAGUCGCAAGAAUCCGAUACUUCGAGAGGUCCUUCACUGGCUGGUCACGAACAUACCCGGAAACGAUGUAAGCCAGGGAGAGAAUUUGGCGGAGUAUCGAGGCUCUGGUCCACCCGAGGGAAGCGGUCUUCAUCGCUACGUUUUCCUGCUGUACAAGCAGCCCGGAAAGCUGAGCUUCGACGGCGAGAAACGGAUCAGCAAUAGAUCGAGAGAUGGACGCUUGAAGUUCUCGAUUCGAAAAUUUGCCGACAAGUACGGACUCGGCGAACCGAUUGCUGGUAACAUGUAUCAGGCGCAGUACGAUGAUUACGUACCGAUGCUCCAUGCGCAGUAUACUGAUUGAUUAUCGUUUUUGGUGCUAAAUAUUGAUUUAUCUUUAUUCGAAGGUAGACCUUAAGACAAUGUUUUGUGUUUUAAAGUGAUCGAUGAAUUAAUUUAUAAAAUUACAAUUGUAACAAUUGUAUAAAAUACAUUUGAAAUCCGAUUAUAUCCUCUUAGAUAUUGUCUUUCUACAGUCUAGUAGCUUUUCUUGUUAUCCAUCAUGUGUAUGCAGUCUCCAAAAUUUCGAGUCAGACUCUCAUAUUGUUCAAAUAAAUAAUUCGUUUUUGUGUCAAAACCCGGAAUAUCCACAAAAUAUGGAUUAAGAUACGAUGACUCUGUCCCGACAUUUGAGGCACAGAAUAUAAUAAAGUUAUUAUUUUAGCGAACGCGUAAUACGAUUAUUCUUGUAGGACAAGUACACCUCGCGUGCUACGUGGUGAUAUUUUAUUUUGAUUUGAUGUUCCGGACGUAACCGAGGGCUACUAGGGAUAAGAGCAAGUACGGCGUAUUUAUUCUUUAUUAAUAAUAUAUUCUACCUAUUAUUAGUUUUAGCGAACGUUUCUCCGUCAUUUGGCUCUCAUAUGCGCGAAUCGACAAGACGAUUCGUGGCUUCAGGCCAAUACGGUUAGGAGUGGUUUUAUAAUCAUUCCUAGACUGCCACGACCUCAGUAAGGAGUAUACUCCACGGAUUUUGAAGGUCACUUUCAGUGCGGAAAGGCUAAAGGGCCGAUCUGUGACUGCCAGGCCAGAGACAUGACUGCGUGUGUAUAGCUAUAGAUAUAGAGGAGCGCGCGCACUGCUUCGAGUCCCUUCGGGCUUCGGUAGUCCUCGGGAAAGCGUCUUUGUUUUAGCGGGCCCGAGUUUUUGGUGGCGUUUAAUGAGUAGAGCGUAAGUUCUCGGCGACAACUUGUAAGAGAAGGUCACACUAGGACCUGAUCGUUAGGGAAUUUCAAUAAAGUCAUAAUAUCUGAUCAACAA